UUUAUUUUGACAUCAGGGAAAGGAAAUUUUUGAAUUUUGGCAUCUGUGAGACAUAUGGGGAGAGAUGUGAAGCUCUGCUCUGGGUCGGUGAUCUGCUGUGAGGAGGCCUGUGGUGACUUUAAGGCUCAUGGAGGAUCUUCUGUUCCUAGGACAGCAGGUCAGUCAGCAAUGGCUGCAGCAGAAAUUCCCAGUUACAUUGUCUCUUCUCAGACUGAGAAACACAGGAGGGCCAGAAACUGGACUGAUGCAGAAAUGAGAGGUUUAAUGCUGGUUUGGGAAGAAUUUUUUGAUGAGCUGAAACAAACUAAAAGGAAUGCCAAAGUUUAUGAGAAAAUGGCUAACAAACUCUUUGAAAUGACUGGAGAAAUUCGCCACGGAGAGGAAAUAAAGAUAAAAAUUACAAAUAUGACAUUCCAGUACAGGAAAUUAAAAUGCAUGACUGACAGUGAAACUGUGGCACCUGACUGGCCUUACUACAAAACCAUUGAUAGGAUCUUAUCCAAAGUGACAGAGCACAGCGAUGUGAAAAUGCACGAGAACCAGCAGCCAGGUCCUUCUACAUCCCAGACAGAGGCCUCGCAAUCUCCGUCAGCCAAGUCCACGCCUCUGUACUUGCCAUACAACCAGUUUACAUAUGAAGGAAGGGAAGAAUGCUUUGAAGAUGAACAUUCAGAGAGCUCAUCGAGCUUGCUUUCUUACAAGCUGAGAGCUGAAGAAAGACCGGUUAAGAAAAGAAAAAUGCAAAACUGCAGUUUCCAAAAGAAGAAGCUAAAAUUAAUGGAAGCCAUGUUGGAAGAACAAAAGAAGUUGAGUAGAGCUAUGGAAGAAACCUGUAGAGAAGUGCGUAGGAUCCUGGAUCAGCAGAACAUCAUCCAAGUUCAAAGCUUACAGUUACAGGAGAGAAUGAUGAAUCUACUGGAGAAAAUGAUCUCCAAGUCUAAUGUGUAGUUUCCUUUGUGAAUGCCUCUGAGAUUACUAUUGCUAUUAUAGAUAACCAUUUAUUGCACACCAUAUGUGUGUCUGUUGCCCUAUACCCAGGUUUUCCAUGGAAAUUAAAACCCUAGUGUAAUCCUAGUUCAGCAAAGAAAACAUAAUUCAGGGUGAGAGCUAUCCAGUAUAUAAAACUAGUGCAAUAUAUGCCUAAGUUGAAUUAUUUUUAUACAAAAAGGUUAAGGGAUAAAUAGCUCGGGGAACUGAAGUACUAUUUAUGCCUAAGUCAGGUAUUGUUUUGCAAACAGUGGUGUUGUAUAUUGCUUCACAUCAAGGACUGCAGCUUAAUCUGUUUUAGGAGAAUGAAAUAGUGCAUUUCUAAACAUGGUUAUUGCACCUUGACUUUGCUGAUGAUUAAACCCUGUUUUGAAACAUUUGCCUGAUUGUAUAAGUGACCUAUGGUUCUUGUGAAGAGCUAGUUGGGACCAUGAGAUACAUAAUUUUAAACUCCAUGCCUGAUAUGAAUAGUACUCUAAAGUAUGAGGGUAAAAAUAGUCUAUUCAAAUACAUUUUUUGAUAUAAAAACAAAUGCCCCAAACCACCUUCCUAUAUACUGAAUACUAAAAUGUAUAGAAGAUACUUGAAGUUGCUUUUGAUAUUAAACGUUUAAAUUUUUUUCAUUAUUAACUGGAAUCUGUUGACUUAACAAACAACCAGCAAUGAAAACUUCCAUUUAUUCUCUAUCACAAAAGAAAAGUAUUGUACUGUGUGUAUAUACAUAUAUAUAAUGUCUAUCAAAUGAAAUAAAGAAAAAGAAGAAAC